UACUGAAAGCUGGUCUCUCCUCCUGUGUGCCAGCCGUGUUGUUAACGUGUUUUCAGUCACGGCGUGUUGAGCAGUCUGCGCUUUUAUUCUACUUUGAGGAGGGAAACAUGCUUUGUUAAACUUUUAUCACAUCCGCCGAGUCUUCAGGAGAAAGCGCAGAGCUGUCGGGGCUGAGUUGUCGAGUGACUGUUGCUGCUUCAGGGGAGAUUAACCCUCGCUAAAGAAAUGCAAGUGAAGGACAUCUACGUGUCUGCCCCAGGGAAGGCGAUCCUCCACGGAGAGCAUGCAGUUGUGCAUGGAAAGGUGGCUCUCGCUGUCAGUUUGAACCUGAGAACAUAUCUACAAUUGAAAGCCACGACAACCGGCAAAGUUUGCAUCAACCUCCCAAAUAUUGACACAUUUGUCUGCUGGGACCUGUCUGAACUAAAGCAGCUUAUUCCUUAUUUGUGUGAGAAGAGGGAGGAGAAACGUCUGGAUGCUGAACUUGUGCGAAGGCUGCGUGAAUUUGUCGGUGUAGCCACUGAAAACUUGGAUACCUGCAACAUGGCCAUCUUAUCCUUCCUCUACAUCUACCUCUCGCUGUUUGGCUCAGGCGAGCUGCCCAGCUUGACGGUGUCCGUGUGGUCGGAGCUGCCAACUGGAGCAGGACUGGGGUCAAGUGCUGCCUACUCUGUGUGUUUAGCUGCAGCUCUGCUCUGUGCAAGUGGAGCCAUUCCCACUCCUCUCAAAGAGUGGGAUCACACCGCCAGGUGGUGUCAGGAGGACCUGGAGCUGAUCAACAGCUGGGCUUUCCGAGGGGAGAUGAUCAUCCAUGGUAAUCCUUCAGGAGUAGACAACGCUGUAGGAACAUGGGGUGGCAUGCUGAGAUUCUUGGCUGGGAAGAUAAUACCACUGAGCAGGGUGCCGCUAUUAAGAAUCCUCCUCACUAACACCAAAGUACCACGUAGCACCAAGGUACUUGUUGCCAGGGUGAAGGACAAGAUUAACAAGUUUCCCUUCGUCAUGACCCCGGUAUUAGAGUCAGUUGAUGCUAUUUCCUGCACUUGUGAGAAAGUCCUCUCAGAGAUGACAAGCGAGCCCAUCACAGGAGAACACUACAACAUCCUCGAGGAGCUCAUUGACAUUAACCAGCACCAUCUGAACGUGAUGGGGGUGGGACACUCUGCCCUGGAUACACUGUGUCGGGUCACAUUGGCCAACGGGCUCCACAGCAAGUUAACCGGUGCCGGUGGAGGAGGCUGUGGCAUCACCCUCUUGAGACCAGAAACCGACUCCUCCAUUGUCCAGACUACAGUGCAGGAUUUGAAAGACUGCGGCUUUGACUGCUGGGAAACAAGUAUUGGCGGUCCUGGAGUUCAGCAGCACUCUGUUCUCUCUGUUAAGGACGAAGUCCUGGAGGUUUUGAGCAGUUACUGAGACCGACAUGUGACUCGGCAAGUGAGACAGUUUGUGUUUUUGUUGUCUUGAUGCUGAGUGGACCAUGGAAAAUUUCACACCGAGCUUCCUGAAGUGUUAAUUAUAGAUUUUACUGACUGACUAAUCGUUUUGAAUCUAACAACAAGGCAGCUGUGUGUCUAACAAAUUACUGGGAAAAUGAAGAGGAUUUAAUCUUUCGGUGAAGCAUCCCACGGAGUUCUUGCUUGUCAAACACACUCAAGGGUACAAUUAUAUGUACUGAGCUGUUUGUCCACUAGAUGGCAUCAGAGUUGCAUGAAUGCUUUUUCCGAAACAGGAUUUCUGGUAAGCGGUUCGGAUAAAUUGAUUAAUGUGCAAGUGAAGCACAGGCAGAAUUAAUUUAUUGUUUCAGCCAAAUGUUUAAAGCAUGAGGGCCAACCUGUCUUAAUGGAUUGAAUGAUGUUCAUUAAUUGUUCACUCCUGGCAUUGAAACCUGCGGUACUGUAGGAUAAAGUGGUCAUUUGUG